CAGACCUCUGUGCGGUCAUUCUGCACGCUCUCAACAUGCAGGCUCUACUGAGAUACACGGACCUGGGUUCUGCAGGCCUGGCCGUGUUGCUCGGCCUGGUCUUUCUGGUUCUGCUCGAGAUCUUCAAGUUGAAUUCCUCGAGGAGCCGCAAUCCUCCUGGACCCACACCACUGCCCUUCGUGGGGAACCUGCUCCAGUUCAUGAAGGACCCAAUGAACGUUGCUAGAUCAACGCUGCAGUACGGUGACCUGUGCUCCGUGUACGUGGGCAGGAGGCCGAUGAUCGUGCUGAAUAACAUUGAGGUGGUGAAGGAGGCACUGGUUCAGAACGGUACCGUGUUCUCCGGGAGGCCGUACAUGCCUUUAAUAGAAUGGGUCACCAAAGGCUACGGUAUCAUAGCUGUCACGUACGGCCACGCGUGGAAGCAGCAGCGGCGUUUUGCUCUCCACACGCUACGCAACUUCGGUCUGGGGAAGAAGACGGUGGAGGAGCGAGUGGCAGAGGAAGCGCACUGUCUUAUAACAGAGAUGCUCAAACAUGAAGGGAAACCUUUUAACCCCUUCCACCCCAUAAUGAACGCCGUCUCCAACAUCAUCUGCUCCAUCGUCUUCGGAGAUCGCUUCGACUACAACAACAAGCGCUUCGCUAAGCUCCUGGAAAUCCUGAACGAAAACAUUCGGCUCUCUGGCUCAGCUGUGGGAUUGAUAUUCAACUUAGUCCCUUUUAUAAAACACCUCCCUGGUCCGCACCAGAAGGUCCAUCAGAACGCCAGUAGUUUAAUAGGGUUCAUCCGCGAGGUGAUGGAGGAGCACGAGAAGACACUGGACACGGAGAACCUGCGUGACUUCAUCGACGCCUACCUGGUGGAGAUAAGCAAGCAGAAGUCAAGCAAAGAUUCGACGUUUCAUGAGGAGAACCUGCUGAUGUCCACGGCUGAUCUUUUCCUUGCGGGAACUGAGACCACAGCCACCACGCUCAGAUGGGGCCUGAUCUUCAUCAUGAACCAUCCAGAAAUACAAGAGCGCUGUCACGAGGAGAUCGUUCGUGUGCUUGGUUACGAUCGCGCUCCCAGCAUGGACGACCGCACGAGCCUGCCGUACACACACGCCACCGUACACGAGAUCCUGCGCUUUGGGAACAUCGCUCCACUUGGCGUAAUUCACCAAACUACAGAGACGACGCAGCUACGAGGAUUCACCAUCCCCAAGGGAACCGAAAUUACACCCAAUUUAAUGGCCAUAUUGCAGGACAAGGAGCACUGGAAACACCCGGAUACGUUUAACCCCGAGAACUUCCUGGAUGAGAACGGCCAGUUCUGCAAAAAUGAGUUCUUCCUGCCUUUUUCUCUGGGUCCGAGGGUGUGUCUCGGUGAGUCCCUCGCGAGGACAGAGCUCUUCAUCUUCUUCACCUCUCUCCUGCAGAGGUUGCGGUUCUCCUGGCCACAUGAUGCCCCGCCCAUUGAUAUGAAUGGCAGUAUGGGUGUGGUCAGGAUGCCCUACCCCUUCCAUAUGAUUUGCCGUAGUAGGGGGCAUUCGGUGCCGAGUUCUCCCGUGACACCCGGAGUUUCUCCAGUACACCACAAUCGGAUGUGAAACACCGCAACAGCUUUUAUAUCUUUAUUAAAUCACUUUGAUUUACAAAUAUAAACUGACAUAAAUGACAAAACGUGUAAUAUUAUAUGAAAUAUCUCACCUGGAUACAGUGGAUCCAGGUGUGUAGCUGAGCUGCUGCUGCUUUUCUUUACUCUUCACACUUUGCACUCUCCAGUUUCUCCACUGUGAGUCUGGUUCCUCUCGAGCUUUCUUCCUCGUGUCGUCUCAGGGAGUUUUUCCUCGCCGCUGUAGGCUCUGGAUUCUUCAUUACGGAUCUAAAUCUAUAUCAAAUUUCUGUAAAGCUGCUUUGUGAUGAUGUCUUUUAUCCAAAUAAAACGGAAAUGAAUUGGUUACAGGACAAUCA